AUUCUGCCUUUGAUUGCAAAACGCGCUCCGCAAUCCAGUCAUUUCCCAACACGCGCUUCUUCGUCUCUGUCGCAAUCGCUAUCAUCAGCAAAUUUUUACACACACACUCACACCGACCCAAAAAAAAGACAAAAUGUCUCGCGAAGAGUACCAAAUGCCCACCGGCGGCGCCAGCCAGACCCAAGGCGGUGCCAGCGGCGGCGCCGUGUCUGCCCCUCCCAGCCAGCCCAUUCUCUACAGCUGCGGCGACUGCGGCUUCAAGUUUGAGAUGAACCGCCGCGACCCUAUCCGAUGCACCGAGUGCGGAUGCCGUGUCUUGUACAAGAACAGAACGAAUCGCAUGAUCGAGUUUGAAGCGCGAUAACUGCUCAAUCACCGACGAUAGUCUCUUCCUUCCAGCGACUUUGUCGUGUUGUUCGAUCUGGGACUACAACCACGGGGCGUAGUUGAGACUGUGAACGGCCGCAACUGAUGGAACGGAAUGUAUGGUAGCGACUCAAGGUUGCAUGCCCAUGUUAUGAUAAUGGAUGGAGUUUGGAGUUGGAAAUGGCAGAAGGACAUGUGGAAAAUAUGGAAAGACAGCCGCUGUACCGCCAAGACAGCCCGUCUUUUCUUUGGAAUCCAAUUCUUUUGGUAUCACAAAUACGAAGUAAUGACCCUGAUUUAACGCCG